GCGGUGGGGACAGUAAGGACAGAGGAGGCGUGCGCGGCGCGAGGGGACAGGAAUCCUUGGCGCGAACGGGAGCUAGACCUCCGGCUCCCGCCGACAGCGCCAUGGACGGCACCGACAAUACAACCCAGUUCUUUGAGCUAUCCUCUCUGCAGCCGGACAACUACACCCUGUCACCCAAUACCAGCAGCCUGAGCCCCGGCCUGGACUUCCACCUUGCUCCUGCCUCUAGCCCCGGCCCCAGCCCGGAGCUCGGUCUCGGGCCGAGGCCAAGCAUCAGCUUCAGCCCCGGCCCUACUCCGACCCCAGAGCCGACGUCCAGCAGCUUCGCAGGCGGCGCGGGGAGCCAGGGUCCGUCCUCAUUCCCUCAGCUCUGGGCCUCCCACGACACCCCUUUCUGGGACACACCGCUGAACCACGGGCUGAACGUGUUCGUUGGCGCCGCCCUGUGCAUCACCAUGCUGGGCUUGGGUUGCACGGUGGACGUGAACCACUUUGGAGCGCACGUCCGCCGGCCCGUGGGCACGCUGUUGGCUGCGCUCUGCCAGUUCGGCAUCCUGCCGCUGCUGGCCUUCCUGCUGGCCCUCACCUUCAAGCUGGACGAGGUGGCCGCUGUGGCGGUGCUCCUGUGUGGCUGCUGUCCCGGUGGAAAUCUCUCCAAUCUUAUGUCCCUGCUGGUUGACGGCGACAUGAACCUCAGCAUCAUCAUGACCAUCUCCUCCACACUUCUGGCCCUAUUCUUGAUGCCUUUGUGCCUGUGGAUCUACAGCCGAGCGUGGAUCAACACUCCUCUUGUGCAGUUACUACCUCUAGGAGCAGUGACCCUGACUCUGUGCAGCACCCUCAUCCCUAUUGGGUUGGGUGUCUUCAUUCGCUACAAAUACAGCCGGGUGGCUGACUACAUUGUGAAGGUUUCCCUGUGGUCUCUGCUAGUGACUCUGGUGGUCCUUUUCAUAAUGACCGGCACUAUGUUAGGACCUGAACUGCUGGCAAGUAUUCCUGCAGCUGUUUAUGUGAUAGCAAUUUUUAUGCCUUUAGCAGGCUAUGCAUCAGGCUAUGGCUUAGCUACUCUCUUCCACCUUCCACCCAACUGCAAGAGGACUGUGUGUCUGGAAACAGGUAGUCAGAACGUGCAGCUCUGUACUGCCAUUCUAAAACUGGCCUUUUCACCACAAUUUAUAGGAAGUAUGUACAUGUUUCCCUUGCUUUAUGCCCUUUUCCAGUCUGCAGAAGCAGGAAUUUUUGUUCUAAUAUAUAAAAUGUAUGGAAGUGAAAUAUUGCACAAGCGAGAUCCUUUAGAUGAAGAUGAAGAUACAGAUAUUUCUUAUAAGAAACUAAAAGAAGAGGAAAUGGCAGACACUUCCUAUGGCACAGUGAACACAGAUAAUUUAAUAAUGGUGGAGACUACCCAGACUUCUCUCUAAACAUGGAGAUACAUGAAAGCUUCUAUCUGGCUGACACAUUACUUCAUAUUUAUGGUCUGUGGUACUGUAUUGGUUUACAUAAAGGAUAAAAUUGGUUUGCAUUAUCAUACUUGUAAUAAUUAUGAUGUUCCCAUUUUAAGGUUGCAUUGGUGUAUUAACCAAGCAUUUUCACAUUAUACAAAUCAAUGUCGUAAUAUAACCUGCACCUGGGACCAUUAAAGUGAAGCCUGAGCUAGUUAACUGUGCUUUUUGGUUUUCACCUUUACCAA